AUGGAGGAGAAAAAAGGUGGUCUUCAACCACUAAUGAUCUCAAUGCAGGAAUUCAAUGAUUGUUUGAAUACAUGUGGAUUAAUUCAUGCUCCCAAAACUGGUUUGGAAUUCUCUUGGUACAACAAUAGAGCUGGAAGUAAAAGAAUAGUAUGCAAUUUAGAUAGAGCUGUUUACAAUGAUAAAUGGCUAGAAGUUUACCCAAGUUGGGGAUAUAAGAAUGUCCCAUUUAGAGCUUUAAAAGUUUGGAAGAGUCAUUCUGACUUUCUUCCUCUCAUCAAAGAUUCUUGGAAAGAAGAAUUGGCAGGUAAUCCUGGCUAUGUUUUUAUGAGCAAAAUGAAAAGACUGAAUAAGAUUAUUCAAGAAUGGAAUUGGAAUAUAUUUGGGGAUAUAUCAAAAAAACUGAAAAAAGCAGAUGAAACAGUAAUGCAAGCUACUCUAAUUUCUGAUAAAAAUCCAUUGGAUACUGUUCUGCUCAAUAAUUUAGUUACAACAAGAGGAGCUCAAGAAAUUCUACAUGAACAACAGAAGCAGAUUAUUCAGCAAAAAUCAAGAGUUAGGUGGUUAAAAGAAGGGGCUUUUAAUACUAUAUUUUUUCAUGUGAACUUUAAAGUAAGACAAGCCAAAAAUGUUAUAAUGGAAUUAGAACAACCAAAUGGAAGUAUAGUGGCUAAUCAAGUUGAAAUUGCAAAUGUUCUGAUUUCUUACUUUGAAGACAAGUUCAGAUAUCAAGAAGUGACAUAUUCUCCAGAUUUCUUUCAGGACAUACCUAAAAUAGUGACUGAAGAAGAUAAUCUUUUUUUAGAUGCCAUUCCAAUUGAAGAAGAAGUGAAAAAAGCAGUCUUUGAGCUGGAUCCUGACAGUUCUCCUGGCCCUGAUGGAUUUGCUGGCUGUAUCCCAAUCUAUAACAUGUAUGUGUACAGAUGGCCUCAGAAAGUUCUGAAAGAGAGUGAAAGAUUAAUUAGAAAUUUUCUGUGGACUGGUGACCCUGCAACAAAAAAACUAAUUACUGUGAAUUGGGAUCAGUAUGCUCUUCUCUGUAUGAAGGUGGAUUGGGGUUAA